AUCGAAUCACUUCCCUUAGCAACGGCAUAGUGUUAUGGCGAUUAUCUGAGUGGAAAGUAUUUCACGGGGGGUACGAUUGGAUGUAACAAAGGACCCAUUCUUUUAAACCAAGAUGGCUCUCCAUUUUAGUGCAAACCAGUACAACAAGUCGUUUGACCCAAAACUUUUACAGAACUGGGAAGUCCCUGCACAAUACAGAGUGAGACCCAAUGCAUACCAAGGUUUCACACAGAUCAAGGCCAAUGAUAGAGGUCACCUCCUCCCCGGGGUCAAAAGGUCAAGGGAAUCUCCAUGGGGAACAUAUGUUGGUACCUGGGACUUACCCCUUAAGAUACCAGGAAACACUAUGACAAAUCAAACAGCAAGGACUUUCGAUGCUGUACAAAGAUUAGAUCGGUGUAAGACCGACGGAGAGAUCAUAUUGAAGGGAAAACUAAAAAAAUGCAAGAUCCCUGAUGCAUUGCCGGUGAGGAUUGAUGAGAAAGCUGAUGCGGGGAAUUCUUCCAGCUGCCCUACAAGCACAGCCAAGGAUGGUUCCCCACGAUCUGGCGCCAUUUGCCCAGAACCACUAUCUGUCAGUCCUAAAGACAUUAUCUGCUCCCCUAAACCAGGUACGCCUUCUAUCAAUUGGCCCAAGCCAGGGUCCCGAGCACAAUCUGCCGCCCCUCGUCUCACCUCCCCUGGAACAGGCCGAAUCCUCACUCCACAGAGGCUGCUAACACCCGUCCCUCAAACCAACGUAGCUGUAGCAGGAACAGUGGAUCCGAGAAGGGCGUCGCCCUAUGCCACACCCAUCAACUGGCCCCGCCCUGCUUCUAUAGAGGCCCCGGUAUUUCCUCCUGGUAUCUAAACCAAACAGGAGGAGAUGUGGGUCCACCUCAACCAGGUGUCGCUACACUUUAGGAAAGAAACUUUUUUAAGAGUGAUAGAUUUUCCAAUUUUGAAAAAAGUCACUUAUUAAUAGAAAAAUGUUCACUUGGCACUAAAUAUUUUCAAACUUACGAAGUUACAUUUUCUGAAAUAUUAUAAAUCUAGUGCUUUGUUUAGCAGUCUUGGGAUCAAUGAUAACCCAAAAUAAAAAUGUAUAGAUCUCGGUGAUAAAGUAAUAGUGCUGUUGUGGCUUAUUAAAGGUAAAAGUUAUAGAAAAGAAAGAAAAAUAAAAAUAUUUUACAAUAUGGAAUAUUCUUGGAAUGAACUCUGAUAUUGAAUAACUAUUUGAUUUGAUUAUUAAAUCUUAUCUUUUUUAAAUAUAUCAGCCCUAGUACAUUUUUCAAAAUGGUUUUAUUACAUAAUUUUUAUUGGAGAUUCCAGCACAUAACAUUUUGUAGAAUUACAAAAAAAAAAGAUCAUUAAAAAAAAACAUAUUUCCAUACUUUUUUUUUUUUGUGCAAAAUAUUCUGUUAUAAAUGCUAACAGAGGUCGUAAAUAUUUCACCAAUCAAAACGAUUAACACAAUGGUACAGUAGGUUGGAGUUUUAAAUAUAUGACGAUUCUGUGUUGCCAUAAGUAUGUACAAUGUAUCUCUAUAUACACACCAGAUAUGUUAACAUCUAACUGUGAUAUUUCUGUCAACUGUCCACCAAUAUUGUUUUGGGAAGUAGAUACACCCAAUGUCAGCGAAGAAUUUAUUUAUAUGCACUCGCACAUUGGAUGAUAUAUAUAUAUUUAUGUCUUGUUAUGGUAAACUUUUUGAUAAUGUUUUAUAAAAAUGUCUGGACAUUUGAAAGAAAAUAUAAAAAAUAUAUCAUUUGUUUGUCUGAAAAUCGUUGAAUGUUUGGUACAAUAUUUUGGGAAUCUACAUAUAACCUAACAUACUGAUAUCAUUCCGUGGCAGAAUCUUCCGGCAAGAAAACCUUUUCCUCGUACAGGAUACUUUAGGAUGUAGAUAUUCAAUGUUUUGAUCUAUAAUCAGUGAUUAUUACUAGAAAGUAGCAACAUUUAUAAAAUGAUUUAAAUCAUUUUUUAGAAUUUGUUUUAAUGUUUUGUUAGCAUAUUAUUCCUUAUUACUUCUAUUUCCGUUUUUUUUUUUAAAUUGGCAAAUUUUUAUAAUUAAAUGUUAUUAAUUAUGUCGUUAAUCUGAAUUCUGGAACCACUGACUGCUACAAAGCACCACACAUAAUAUAUAUGUUUAUAUUGAAUUUUUUUCGUUUUAAAUCAUGGACGAUUGCUGUAUGUGUUUAUAUAUGUCAGUCAAAUUUUAUGUUAAAUAUGAGAUUGGUAAUAAAAUGUCUUUAUUCAG